UAGAGAAUCUAACUUUAAUGUGACAAACCAGAACAUACACAACAUGAACAAGAAUAAUAACUCAUCUUCCCAAUCUUCCUCCAUGGGUAAUCCAAAAAAAUCUAGUAUCAUAGUUUGUGGUGCAAAAAUGAUGAAGCCCAACACCAAUAAUCAAACCAAAUUGGUUGAUUUUGGUGAAGGCAUUGUUCAAAAUCCAACCUUGAAAUCCAUUGGUGUUGCUGUUCAGGAUUCAUUCAACAAAGAGAGGGUGGUUUUAGGGAACCCUUCAACAACUCCAGAUGAAGGUGUGAAGAAAGGAAAUGGUAAAUCAAAGUUGUAUGAGAUCUGUGCUGCAAAUCAUUGGAAGCCUCCUGUGUUUGAAUGCUGUAAAGAGGAAGGACCAUGUCAUUGCAGAAUGUUCACAUUCAAGGUUACUAUUGAGAUAGUGACAAGUAAAGCAUCUAAAAACAUAGAGAGAACUGAAGCAUCGAAAAGCAUUGUAGAGGUUUACGGUGCUCCUCAUCAAAAGAAGAAAAUGGCUGCAGACGAUGCAGCCGAGGGUGCAUUAUGGUACUUAAAGCAUAUAGGUUUUGUUUUGAAGAACAAAUAAAUAAAGUACAAAUUAUUGAAUAUCAUCAACAGCCAAGACUUCUGCUUCCACAAAGUUUUUUCAUUCUUCGGUUAUGCUAUCUAGACUCGGUUGCCAGUAAUCAGAAGACCAUGCUCUCUUAGGCGAGCCUCUUUUUCCUGCUAAAUCUGUCUUCCUCUUCCUGUUUAGUGUAUUGUUAGCAUGAAGGUUAGUGCUGCUCGGCGAUGUUCUUGUUUCCUUUGUCGCGUCACUGGCUUUUGCUUUAGCUACUCCCCCGUUCAAUAUGCGUGCAAUGAAAUUAUCAUAUGAUGAACCGCCGUUCUUCUCAUUUACAUCAUUACUUUGAUUUGUAACAUCUGAUCUUGUUUCUGAUAUCUUGCUCUCGUUCAUUGAAUGCUGCUUGUGAUGAUUAGAUUUCUUUGUAACACUCUUUUUCUUGAAGAUACAACAACCAGAGAUCAUACCGUCGUCUUCAUUCGCUUUGUAGGAUUGUAUGCUUCUAGUUUCAUCGAGCAAAGUACCGAUUGUAAUUUCGCGAGCAGGAGAAGGAGAGUUUCUUGGAGAAAGACCUUGAAGCUUUCUUAUAGUACUUAUCGGCACUACAUAGUACUUUUGUCCAAGCAUGAGCACUGUGUCUGGUUCAACAACUGCCCAUGGUUGCUGAAACACAAACGGAUGCGCAACGUAGCAUCUCGGGUUGCGGCACAUAAUCUCAGCUGCAGUCACAGGUCUGUCAUGGAGCUCAACACGACCGCCGGGAUGGACAAUCCGGAGAAGCACGUUCUUUGAAUUAUUGGUACAAAUCCAACUAGAAGAUGGCAUGGUUUCGAUGUAUCUAGGGAGGAGGAAGAGGUUAAAGCGGGAACAUGCUUCUGUUACAUCAUUGGGAAGGUUUGGAGAGUAUAAGUAGCUUAUGAGUUCAAUAGAAUAAAACAAAACUACAAGAUUUGUGGUUUACAUUGUCAUCAUAAAAAAAUAAUCUUCUUGGUCUUGGCUGUUUCUGAUAUCUUCAUUGAUACUAUCGUAGCAUUUGUUUGCA